CACACGUGCACAUACAAACUGAACAUACUACACGUAGAAGUGUGUGUUCGUGAUGUAUUGUCCUAAAGGAAAACAUUCCUGUAUCGCGUAUACGUUUUUAAAAAUCACACAUUAGUCUUCACUUACAGAGAAUUAAUAAACCACUGGUUGUCCUCUUGGCUAGAAGAUAUUUUAAGGAUAUGUGGCACGCGUUCGAUGUUAUAUUACGGUGCUUCGGAGAAGGUUUGCUGUACUAACCCAUCAUAGAAAGAUGUGUGAAGAAUACCCGAAGAUAAUGAAUUAGUUUGUAUUCAGUCAGGAUUGAAAUAUAUACAUUUACUGGAAUGGAUUAGUGAGCAACUGGUGAUGUCAAGAGAAUGUCAGUGGAUCAAUAAAGCAAACAUAAUGGUGCUUCCAAUGAGCAGAUCUUAAAGUGGACGUGGGGAUUUUGUCAGCACUCUGGACAUUUCUGUUGUCAGUAGAAAUGGAGUUUCCAGGACAUAGUCAGCAGCUUUUGGCCAGCCUGCGCUCUCAGCGUCUGCAAGGUUUCCUCUGUGACUGCACCGUGCAGGUCGGCCAGACUCGUUUUGGUGCCCAUCGAGCUGUAUUGGCCUCUUUCUCCCCCUUUCUUCCAUAUGUUUUACUCGGAUCAAUCAAUGGGAAAUACCAGCACAGUCAACGGAGGGCCACAGAGAGACACAGUCACUAUUAAUGGCGACAUUGUGACCCCUCAAGCCUUUGGACUCCUUCUUGAUUUCAUGUAUGAAGGGGUACUGCAAUUAGCAACCCACCCCCCUCCUGAGGACGUGCUCGCCGCAGCCAGCUUCUUACAUAUGAAUGAUGUGGUGCGAGUUUGUAAGAGAAGACUUCAGGGUCGAGGAUUGGCUGAGGCGGAUAGCACAAGAGUAGAAGUUGGAGCAAAUGAGUCUGCUAAACCUGGAGGACCUGACGGCUCGCCUGGAGAAGACGCACCUGGUGCAGAAACAGGAAGAGAUGGAGGACUAGCACAUUGUCAUCAGUCGAGUCAACAAAUGUCACUUUAUAGCGAUACCAAGGCUGAAACACUAGCAGGGAUGGCUAACCUCCUCACACAAAGCGUGGAGAGUUCAGAGAUGGCGGACACCACCCAACCAGGAAUGGACUCGCAACCAGCUGUUUCUAAUUCUUGUGCAGGACCAUCCACAUAUCGUUCUUCACCUAGACCUGACAAAACAAGAAUAUCGGCACGGUCUGCUAGCCUUGAGUCUGCACUUUCAAGUCCAUGUAGUACGACAGAACUAAUUCAGACAGAGACUCAACCUGUUGUAGCUACCGCCGUGGCUCUGAACACCAGCCCUGCUCAAGAACAUGAACCUAGUGUUUUCAUGCAGACUCAAACACUAAAACCCCAAGUCCAGAAUAAAAGUAUUGGAAAUCCAGGGUCAUCACAGCACAUUCAGAGCCAAAAUGAAAGGAGACAUGAGAACACUUCGUCCAAUACAAGUAGCAUGCGAAAUAAGCGUAAACUUUCGCGAAAUUUUAGGAGAGGAAGUCUUUCGCAAACUUCAGGGGAGGAAAAUGAAGAGAGCGUCGAAGUGAAAGUAGAGGCCAUUGUGAUUUCUGAUGAAGAAUCUGAGGACCUAGACGAGAUGGUGGACAUGGAUAAUGGCCCAAAGAUAAAUGAAGAUUUAGAUGAUGGGGAUGAUUAUGAUGACAGCAACCAUGAGGUUGAGGAGCUCACCGAUACUCAAUUUAUACCGGCACACCCAUUAAUUCAUCUUCCCCAUCAAGAACCCCUUUCUUUCCCUCCUUCACCGCAAGGUCGAAAUCCUUCUGCAGCCGAAACCGCCGGCUUGCAGUCGUCCCUUUUUCCUGCCAAUUCCCAGCCGGAGCAACAGACCAUGUACCUCGAGGAUUUUCAGGACUCUCUUGGGAGUUACAUGGAGGAUGUGCCUACUUGUAACACUUGUGGAAAGACCUUUUCCUGUGCUUACACCCUGAGGAGACACGCUAUUGUGCAUACCAGGGAACGUCCGUAUGAGUGCAGCUACUGUUACCGCAGUUACACACAGUCUGGAGACUUGUACAGGCACAUCAGAAAGGCACAUGAUCACGGCCUGCCAGUCAAACGCAGCAGAGUUGAGUCAGACCCUCCACCAUCACCUCCUCAUCCACCCCAGACGUAGCCAUUGACAGUGGCACAAUCUUCUUAACAGGUCAUAUAGAAAAUUACACAAAACCCGGCUUAAGGCUUUUGCGAAUGUCACAAAAUCAUAAAUUGCCACAUCUAUACAUUUGUGGCUCAUCCCACAAAACGGCAAAAUCUUUGGAAGGGGAUCCACUUGACUGCUUCCAUGCCAUAUACAAACAGAACCAAUGUAACAAAAACAAGAUUUUUGGUGUGAAUUCACUAGUUAUACAUGUUAUUGAUAUUUUUAAUGUUGCACAACCUGGUUUUAAUAUUCAUUUGUAAAUUGUUUUUAUAAAAAGAUAAGUAAAUUCAACUUGACCAAGAGUGGUUCCAGCACAGAGGCCUAGUAUAUUGAAACCUUUUAAUAGUUAAUUGCUAUUCAUGGUGGUGUUUUGUAUUUUAAAAUGUUUUGUUUUUGUUUCUAACGCAGUGCUGUAGCUGUUAUACCAAGAAAUAAGCAUUAAAGUGUCCCUAUUACGCUUUUUGGAAUUUUACCUUUUAAUUCCACUCUAACGUCCUGUUACAUACUUACGUAACAAUGUAACAUAUUUUGCAUAAUGCCAGCCUAUGGUCUUAAUUGGCUGCCCGUGAACGGCAUCUACUUUGACUGUAGUAGCUGAGGCUGGAAGAGUUUGGUUUGUGCUGACAUGUCGAAAAGACGCCGUUUUCAUUUCAAAAGGAUGAGGACUCGUGCUGGAAUUGAUACAGAAAAACUGACGUAUCACUGUGUGUGAAGUGCUGAGGAAACCGGAGCUGAAAUUCAGAUAUGGUAAAAUCUGAUACAUGUUGUAAACCAGUCACAACAGACUGAGCCGUCUGACCAAUCAGAGCAGAGUAGGCUCGUGGAAAGGAGGGUUUAGAGAGAAUGAAUCUUUGAACAAUCUGUUUUCAGACUCUUUGAGAAAUAAGGUGAUGUACAAUUUAAUAUAUGAUGAGAAAAUUAGUGUUUUUUGAACUUGGAAGCAUAUAACCCUGUUGUAGGAGACCUCCAAAACAUUAGGAACCUUUAAAAUAGCAUAAUAGGGGCACUUUAAGAUCUAUUAGAGCAGAUAAAUGACUAUAUCACUACAAGGAAGAGUUUUGCUGUGUAUGUCUAUUGUGCAUUUUUGUGCGAGAAUGAAAGAUGGUUACACAUAUGAACAGGUACUAUGAAUUAAAACUGGCUUUCAGUG